AGUUGAACUUGAAGCUUCCCAGUUCUGGUGAGAUAUUUGCUCUCUGGAAACUGUGACAGAAAUGCAAGUCAAGGAAUUGUUCGUGUCUGCUCCAGGGAAGGCGAUCCUCCACGGAGAGCAUGCGGUGGUGCACGGAAAGGUGGCUCUUGCUGUGAGUUUAAACCUGAGAACAUACUUACGGCUGAAAGCCACCACAGCUGGCAAAGUUUGCAUCAACCUCCCAAAUAUUGACACAUUCCUCUGCUGGGACCUGUCUGAGCUGAAGCGGCUUAUUUCUUAUUCCCGUGGUAUGAGGGAGGAGAUGAAACUUCUGGAUGCUGAACUUGUGAGGAGACUGCGUGAAUUCGUUGGUGUCACCAAUGGAAACUUGGAUACUUGCAACAUGGCCACCCUAGCCUUCCUCUACAUCUACCUCUCACUGUUUGGAUCAGGUGAGCUGCCCAGCUUGACUGUGUCUGUGUGGUCGGAGCUGCCGACUGGAGCAGGGCUGGGGUCAAGUGCCGCCUACUCUGUGUGUUUAGCUGCAGCUCUGCUCUGUGCAAGCGGAGCCAUCCCCGCUCCUCUCAGGGAGUGGGAUCACACUGCCAGGUGGUGUCAGGAGGACCUGGAGCGGAUCAACAGCUGGGCUUUCCAAGGGGAGAUGAUCAUCCAUGGUAAUCCUUCAGGAGUAGACAAUGCUGUAGGAACAUGGGGUGGCAUGCUGAGAUUCCUGGCCGGAAAGAUAAUACCACUGAGCAGGGUGCCGUUAUUAAGAAUCCUCCUCACUAACACCAAAGUACCACGUAGCACCAAGGUACUUGUUGCCAGGGUGAAGGACAAGAUUAACAAGUUUCCCUCUAUCAUGACCCCAGUGCUUGACUCAGUUGAUGCCAUUUCCUGCACUUGUGAGAGAGUCCUCUCAGAGAUGACCUGUGAGCCCAUCACUGGAGAGCACUACAAUAUUCUAGAGGAGCUCAUUGACAUCAACCAGCACCACCUGAAUGUGAUGGGUGUGGGACACCCUGCCCUGGACACACUGUGCCAGGUCACGAUGACCAAAGGGCUCCACAGCAAGCUAACCGGUGCAGGGGGAGGAGGCUGCGGCAUCACCCUGCUGAGACCAGAAACGGACUCCUUCGUUGUCCAGACGACAGUGCAAGACUUGAAAGACUGUGGCUUUGACUGCUGGGAAACAAGUAUUGGUGGGCCGGGUGUCCAGCAGCACUCUCCUCUCUCUGUUAAGGAGGAAGUUCUGGAGAUUUUAAACCGUUACUGAAACUCUGGCUGAACAAGAGGAAAAACGACCUGAUUGUCUUCUUGUUUGUACCUCAAGACCUGAGGUAUGGUCAGCUAAUGAAGUGAGACGAAUGGACCAAGGAAAAUUUCCCACUGUGCGGAGCUGGACCGACUAAAAAACAAUCUUACUGUUGUGAAACUAACAACAAGGCAACUGUGUAUCUAACAAAUUACUGAUAUUCAUGUUGGACUGUGGGAAAAAUAACUGAUCCUCAAGGGUGCAAUUACAUGUUCUGAAGGCUUUGUCCACUAGAUGGCAGCAGAGUUGCACAAAUGCUUUUUAUGAAGCAGGAUUUAUGGUGAGAGGCUUUGAUAAAUUGAUUAAUGUGUAAGUGAAGCGCUAGCAGAAUUAAUUUAUAGUUUCAUCUAAAUGCAGAAGGGUCAACACAUCUUACGGGAUUAGACGUUUGUAGUCAUUAAUUGCUCACUCUUGGCACUGUAACAUGCAAUGAUGUUGGAUAACUGCUAGAAUGAAGGUGGUCAUUUUACAGAAGAUGAUGAAGAGAAAGUUUGAGAAAUGAAAUUGUUUUUGGUUCUUUAACAAAACCCAGAGACUGUUUUCUUUAGUCUCCACAGUUCUGCAAAGAGUUUUAUCAAAGUGAUCAUGCUUGGAUAUUUCUCUCUAUCACUACAAUAUUGAGACCAGGAAAAAAUAAAUGUCAUAAAUAUGUUCUGAGGACUGUCUGCAUAUAAUAUAAAACUAAAACUUAAAUUAUUACAAAGACAGAUGUAUGCUGAAUAGAGCUGCAACGAUUAAUCGAGUAGUUGUCAAUUAUUAAAUUAAUUGCCAGUGAGUUUAAUAAUCAGUGAAUUGGUUUGAAUAAUUUUUUUAAGCAACAAAUGUCAGAAUUUUGUGAUUCCAGCUUCUGAAAUGUGAAUAUUUUCUUGUUUCUUUACUCCUCUAUGACACUAAACUGAAUAUCCAUUGUGGACAAAGCAAGACAUUUGAGGACGUCAUCUUGGACAUUAAAAAAAAAAAAAAGAUUGUCAUUUUUCACCAUUUUGUGAUAUUCUAUAGACCAAGUAACUAAUCGAUUAAUCAAGGAAAUAAUUGACAGAUUAACCAACAAUGAAAGUAAUCGCUAG